AUGGAGCAUGCUUUGCUCGAUGGCACCUCUACCAAUCCGCUGAAAUCAUUCCUCAUCGAAGGAGUCAAAGAAGAACAAGAUUUUAUAGCUCGUCAGAAAGACGGCCAAAACGGAGUUACGGCAGGGCCCAUGGAGUGGCUGCCCGUAAUCACUGACUCUGUUAUUGAUGGACGUGUUUCGGCAAUCCAGCGUGAUUUUGAAGCCCGCACUCCUCUUUACACAUUUGAAGGAUUCACGCUUUCCAGUGUCAGUGAGGCGCUCUUCCGUAAUGCGAAGAUUGCUCCCAAGGCAGGAGUGCAACUCGCUAUUCAGCUGGCAAGCCAACGCUUCUUUGGCUACCAUCCUUCCUCUGUUGAAACUGUCUCCCUCACCCACUAUCAUCACGGACGUUCAGCAGUUACGCAAACUCUGUGGCCCGCAGUCGUAGAUUUCUGCAGUUUCUACACUGACCACAAUGCUACUGAGGACCAGCACCGAGAACUUUUCAUCGCGGCAGCAGCGACAUUAACAAACAGACUGGCGCGAGCUUUCCAAAGCGGGGCUUUCUUCAGAUACAUGCUGGCGUUGCAGGGGCUCUUGGAGGAUGGAGACGAAGUGCCGUCGUUGUUUAGCGAUGAUGUGUACAAACGCAGUCAAAGACCCAUCCUGACAACAGACUGUCUCGAUACAGAUGUGUUUGAGUCGGGUAUUGUACUGGAACCACCAGGCAGCAUCUGGAUUCACUAUCAGGUGCUGAAAGAGAGUGUCGUCUUUUCGAUUUGGGGCCACGAUGCUGACCUGACCGAGUUCAGAAGGCAGCUAGAUAUUGCAAUCAUGGAUAUUAAGACCUUGCUCAGAGAGUAG